GCAGCAGGGGUCCUGGGGGUUGUGAUGGUCCUGGUUCUGGUGAUUCUCAUCCCGGUCCUGGUAAACUCCGCGGGGUCCGCGGCGCACUACGAGAUGCUCGGCACCUGCCGGAUGGUGUGCGACCCGUACAGCACCAAGUCUCCGACCAGCACCGUCACGCCGGCGGACGCGGUCCGGGACAACAGCCUCGUGGAGUCUUUACCCACGUUCAUCCAGGGUCCCAGAGGGGAACCGGGUCGUCCGGGUAAGGCGGGUUUGAGGGGACCUCCCGGUGAGCCCGGUCCGGCGGGGCCACCGGGAGAGAAGGGUGUACCGGGUAGAUCUGGGUUACCGGGACCCGCGGGACCCGGCGCGGCCGCCGGUGCCAUCAGCGCGGCCACGUACAGCACCGUGCCCAAGAUCGGCUUUUACGCGGGGCUGAAGAAGCAGCACGAGGGCUACGAGGUGCUGAAGUUCGACGACGUGGUGACCAACCUGGGGAACCACUACGACCCGACCACCGGCAAGUUCACGUGCUCCAUCCCGGGGAUUUAUUUCUUCACGUACCACGUCUUGAUGCGCGGAGGGGACGGCACGAGCAUGUGGGCCGACCUGUGCAAAAACAACCAGGUGCGUGCCAGUGCCAUCGCCCAGGAUGCGGACCAGAACUACGACUACGCCAGUAACAGCGCCGUGCUGCACCUGGAGCCCGGAGACGAAGUCUACAUCAAACUGGACGGAGGCAAAGCUCACGGAGGCAACAACAACAAGUACAGCACCUUCUCUGGAUUCAUCAUCUACGCCGACUAG